AUGAAUGGUUUUUAUGGUUUGGAUCAUCGAUAUGGCGUACCCUUCAGCAUGCAGAGGACAUUCUUUUGGAGCAAAAACUCUGAGAUUCUCUUCUCGGGUUGGCCUGGAACAAGCUCUGGGAUGUAUGCGCUAGCCUUGAUCUUUGUUUUUGUUCUCGCUGUCGUUGUCGAAUGGCUCUCUCAUUGCAAAUUGAUUAAACCUGAAUCCAACCAUGUAGUCGCUGCUUUCUUUCAGACUUUCUUGCAUGCCAUAAGGGUUGGCCUUACUUACUUGGUGAUUCUGGCUCUCGUGUCGUUCAAUGGAGGUGUUUUCUUGGCUGCUGUAGUUGGACAUAUCUUGGGGUUUUUGCUUUUCGGUAGUCGGUUGUUCAAAAGGUCAACACCAACACCUCUUACCGCUAAAACCGCUGAUGUUUAG